CGACGGGUUCAGUCGAUGGCCGGACUUUAAGAUGAUCACGGAACUCCUCCUGGCGAUCUGCACCGCGGUGUUCCUUUGCCUUUCGUAUCGAUAUGCAGUGGGUAGACCCAGUGGCUUUCCCCCCGGACCUCCGAGGAUUCCGUUGUUCGGGAGCUACCUCUUCAUGCUGAUGAUUAACUUCAAGUACCUGCACAAGGCUGCCUUGACCCUCAGUCGGUGGUAUAAGUCGGACAUAAUCGGACUCUAUGUGGGUCCCUUCCCGGCCGUCGUCGUCCACAAUGCGGAAGGAGUGCGCGAGGUCUUGAACAACAAGGUCUUCGACGGACGUCCUCAAAUAUUCGUAGGAGCUAUGCGCGAUCCCGGCCCAGAAAUCCGAGGCAUCUUUUUUCAGGACGGACCUUUGUGGAAGGAGCAGCGUCGCUUCAUUCUGCGCUAUCUGCGCGACUUCGGCUUCGGCCGGCGAUUCGACCAACUGGAGCUGGUCAUCCAGGAGCAGCUGACGGACAUGCUCGACCUGAUCCGCAAUGGGCCAAAGUAUCAACAUGAGCACGAAAUGGUGAAGCCCAAGGGAUACCGCGUCCUCCUGCCGCUGCUCUUCAACCCCUUCGCAGUCAACUGCCACUUCCACAUCGUGUACAACGAGUGCCAGAGUCGCGAGGAAAUGGGCAGAUUAUUGAAACUAUGCCAGAUGGGCAUGCAGUUUCAGCGGAAUGCGGACGACUACGGCCGCCUGUUGAGCCAGAUGCCCUGGAUCCGGCACUUUUGGCCCGGAUGGAGUGGCUACAACACGCUUCACGAAGCCAAUCUGUUCGUGCACAAAUUCUUCUCCGACUUUGUGGAUCGGCAUUUGGAUAGCUACGAAGAGGGCGUAGAGCGCAACUUCGUGGAUGUCUAUAUUGCGGAGAUGCGCCGCAGUCCGGGCUACGGGUUCAACCGGGACCAGUUCAUCAUGGGCCUGGUGGACUUCUCCUUCCCGGCUUUUACUGCCAUCGGAGUGCAGUUGUCGCUGCUCGUUCAGUAUCUCAUGUUGUAUCCGGAUGUGCUGCGCAGGAUGCAGAGUGAGAUCGACGAGGUUGUGGGAUGCGGAAGACUGCCCACUCUGGAGGAUCGCAAGAACCUGCCCUUCACCGAGGCCACUGUUCGCGAAGGUCUGCGCAUCGAGACUCUGGUGCCCUCGGAUGUGCCUCACAAGGCGCUGGAGGACACCGAGCUGAUGGGCUACAAGAUACCAAAGGAUACCAUUGUGGUGCCUAGCCUGUACGCAUUUCACUCGGAUGAUCGCGUCUGGAAGGAUCCGGAGCAGUUUCGGCCAGAGAGGUUCCUCGACGCAGAGGGCAAACUUAGCCUAAAGCUGGAUGUCUCACUGCCCUUCGGAGCGGGAAAAAGGCUGUGUGCCGGUGAGACAUUCGCCCGCAACAUGCUCUUCCUGAUGACGGCGACAAUGUGCCAGCACUUCGACUUCGUCCUGGCCCCGAAUGAUCGGCUGCCCGAUCUCUCCCAGAACCUCGGCGGUCUGAUUAUAUCGCCACCCGAUUUUUGGGUGCAACUGCAGGAUCGCCACUGA